UGGGAGAAGGGGGGCAGCUUGUGCUGGGGCAGGCUGGUGGAGCACCUUAAUCUUCUGAGUAUUGAGAGAAAGUCCCAGGCUAUGAUAGGUGCCUGAGAAGAGAUCUAGGUGGGUUCAAGUCAGCCUUAGUGUGUGCGAGGAUAGCACAGUCGUCCCCAUAUUGAAGGACAGUAAUAAUAGUCCUGGUGACUUUAGUUUGAGAAUGAAGACAUCGCAAAUUGAAAAGCAGGCCAUCCAUGCAAUACUCAUCCCAUCAUAGAGUAGCCUGAGAACAUGAAUGAACUUCAGUGGACUACUGAACCUAGUCAGCACCUUCAAUAAUGCUUCACGAUUGAUUGAAUCAAAGGCCUUAGAUCAAUAAAUGCCAUAAAGAAUGGCUGGUGUUGUUCUCUACACUUCUCUUGGAUCUGUUGUGCAAAAAAAUCAUGUUGGUGGUGCCCCAAGACAGUCUGAAACCACAUUGGGAUUCCUGAAGGAUGUCUUCAGCCAGAGGGAGGAGACAGUGCAAAAGGAUGCGAGCAAGGAUCUUCCCGGCAGUGGAGAAGAGGGCAAUACCUUGGGAAAGCUGACAGCAAGGGAGCGAAUUCUUCUGUUGCUGGACCCUGGCAGUUUUGUUGAGUAUGACAUGUUCGUGGAACACAGAUGUGCAGACUUUGGGAUGGAGUCUGAUCAGAAUAAGUAUCCUGGAGACAGUGUGGUAACUGGCCAGGGCCGGAUUAACGGGAGACUGGCUUAUGUCUUCAGUCAGGAUUUUACUGUAUUUGGAGGGAGUUUGUCCGGUGCUCAUGCCCAAAAGAUAUGCAAGAUCAUGGAUCAGGCUGCCAUGGUUGGGGCUCCUGUAAUUGGGUUGAAUGACUCUGGAGGAGCCCGUAUCCAGGAAGGAAUAGAGUCUUUGGCUGGCUAUGCUGAUAUAUUCUUGAGAAAUGUUCUGUGCUCAGGAGUAGUCCCACAGAUCUCCCUCAUCAUGGGUCCCUGUGCUGGUGGAGCAGUCUACUCGCCUGCUUUAACAGAUUUCACAUUCAUGGUGAAGGAUACAUCCUAUCUGUUCAUCACUGGCCCUGAUGUAGUCAAGUCGGUUACCAAUGAAGAUGUUACCCAGGAACAGCUUGGGGGAGCAAAGACACACACUGCAGUAUCAGGGGUCGCACACAGAGCCUUUGAGAAUGAUGUAGAUGCUUUGCUCAAUCUCAGGGAGUUCUUUAAUUACCUACCUCUCAGUAACCGUGAUCCAGCCCCAGUUCGCAAAUGCCAUGAUCCUAGUAACCGCUUGGUUCCUGAGCUGGACACAGUUGUCCCAAUGGAGUCUACUAAAGCCUAUGAUAUGGUUGACAUUGUACAUUCGAUUGUUGACGAGAGGGAAUUCUUUGAAAUCAUGCCCUCCUAUGCCAGGAACAUCAUUGUUGGAUUUGCAAGGGUGAAUGGAAGAACUGUUGGAAUACUGGGUAAUCAACCCAAAGUGGCAUCAGGGUGUUUAGACAUAAAUUCUUCUGUGAAGGGAGCCCGUUUUGUUCGAUUCUGUGAUGCUUUCAACAUUCCUCUGAUUACUUUUGUGGAUGUUCCUGGAUUUCUGCCAGGCACAGCUCAGGAGUAUGGAGGAAUCAUACGUCAUGGUGCAAAACUACUGUUUGCCUUUGCAGAAGCAACUGUCCCAAAAAUUACUGUCAUCACCAGAAAGGCUUAUGGGGGUGCAUAUGAUGUGAUGAGUUCGAAGCAUUUACGAGGAGAUGUUAAUUACGCAUGGCCUACAGCAGAGGUUGCAGUAAUGGGUGCAAAGGGUGCGGUCCAGAUCAUUUUCAGAGGAAAAGAGACAGAUGCAGAAGCAGAAUAUGUGAAUAAGUUUGCAAAUCCCUUCCCUGCGGCUGUCAGAGGGUUUGUUGAUGAUAUCAUUGAACCUUCUACCACUCGAAUCCGCAUUUGCCGUGAUCUGGAAGUGCUGGCUAGCAAAACGCAAUCCAAUCCCUGGAAGAAGCAUGCGAACAUUCCACUGUGAAUAUGAUGAAGAAAUGGCUACAAAAUGAAGCCACUUUUGAGACAUGCAGAAGUGUUCUGAAUACAUAUAUUCUUUAGUUAAAGUGGAGAACUUGAACUUAGCACUUUGAACAUUUCUUUUAAUUUUCAUUUGCUUAAGUAUUAUAUAGCAAUAAAUUUUGAGAGAGUGAUUUUAUCUGGUAUAACGUGAUUACUUUUAAUUAACAGGUUCUUUAUUCAGCCAAUAGUCCUGAAAUUGCUUCCUCCUUAGAAGUCAUGAAUCCAAACGGAUUCCAAGACCUCAAGGUCUGAUCUUCUGGGAUGGAGACAGGGAAGGAAUAUCCCUUGAGUUCAUUGGCUUUCCAUCGUUGUUUGGCACAGACAGAAAGGGCUCCAAUAGAGAAUCAUGCCUUUGGAUCCAGUCAGACCUUGGUAUAGUUGGGAUUUGGGCAAGACAGCGGUCUGGGAAGGAUGCAUCAUUUCUGGAUCCUGGCUUGUUGGUUCUGUCUCUGUAUUACAGCAGCCAUCAAAUUUGUUAGCCAAAACUCUCAGUAUGCUCCCUCUAAUAGUGCUGAUGGAAGGGUUCUUGAUGCAUUUGGAACCAUCCUGAAUGCAGAGUCUUGAGGAAUUUGCUCUUGGGCUCCAGGGUUUCACUUCCUCUAAUGUUCUCUCCAGAACAGCUAGUUUUACGCACCCAUUGAAGCAACACUCUUUGGGUGAGAUUGCAUUCUCAUAUGUGGGUGUAAUAACACUUGGUGGGUAGAAACUUAAUUGUUUGUCUAAUUAAAGUUGGAUUUAAUGAAAGGGGUAAAAUGUGCUAAAGUAUCCUGACAUUGCUCAAUUCAUUGUUACUUUUAUCACAACUUUCAAUUGCUCUUUGUGACAAGAGCUUGACAGAAAGUAAAUUAAUAUAUAACAGUGGAAAUUGGUGAUGAAUAAUUGAAAAUAAGCAAGAUAUGCAAAUUACUGCACUCCAACAUGCAGAUUUGUGCAUUUGGGGAAUUUAAAUAGCACACUGAGUGGUGUGUUCAGUGCUUUGUGUGUACGGGACUAGUGCCUUGUUCCUGUGGGGUGUGAUGUUGCGGAUUGUCAGGAAUCAGGACCUACAGCAGAGCCAGUCUCUGGGCAACCUAACAAGCAUAGCCAGCAUGUAGUAGGCUGCCUGAUUGGCUUCACUGCCUGAGUGGUGGGAAGAGCCAGCAGACAGGCUCUUAAGUCCAGCAGCUGCUCAGAGCAUUCACCCACAGCUGUGGUAGCUCCUACACCUACUUGAUCCCAGUCUUGCUCUCACCUUCUUCCAGCCCUGCUUCAGUCCUUCCCCAGUCUUGCCUUGCUUCAAGUAACAGGCUUUUGAAGCUCGGCUUCAAUUCCUGUCUUUUUUUUUUUUUACUCUGGCAUUUGACUUUUGACUCUGGUUCUGAUCCUGAGCUCCAAUUCCUGACUGACUAUUCCUGCUCCAAUCACUAGACGCAACCACAAUGUGCUGGUCUGUAACAUAGAUGUAGGUGUCAUGUGUGAGGAUGUUGGCAUUGCUUCAAUUGUGUGAUUUUUCGCUUUUUAAUUUUCAUGUAUAAGGUUUAUUUGUUGUAUGUAUAACACUAAGAAAAUGAAAUUAAAAUCCACAAAGAAAGAGAA